AUCGAAGUGAUUUUCGCCGCUCGUGAGACCCUGUGCCGUGCAAGCGCUACUCCAGGCGUCCGUGUGCCCCGCGGCGCCGCCCAGGACGCGCGGAAGAGCCUCGUGGCGGACGGUCGAGCGCCCGAGCAGGACCUCGAGGUGUUCAUAGCCGCCAGCGGCAUCGACGACCGCGCGGCCGACACCCUCCGGGGCUGCCCCCCGCACGUGCAGCAGGCGGUGAUGGCGCGGGGCGACCUCACCACCGCCAAGAACCCAUCCGCCGCGAUGCUGGCGCGCAUCAGGGACGCGGAAAAAGGCGGCGGCGACGGUGGAUGCGGCGCGGGUGCUGGCGCGUACGGCGCGGCCUAUGGUGCCGGAGCCGGCGCAUACGGUGCGGGCGCGAAGGGCGGCCAGAGUGCGUACGGCGCUGCUGACGGCCCAGGCGACGCGUAUGCCGCCGCCUUGGCGAAGGGCGGUUACGGCGGAAAGAACGGCGGCUACGGCGGGAAGGGCGCCGCCUACGGCGCCGCCUACGGCGGGAAGGAUUCUGGCUAUGGCGGGAUGCCUUCCGCCUACGGCGGGAAGGACUUGGGCUACGGCGGGAAGGCAGCUGCCUACGGUGGGAAGGACUUCGGCUAUGGCGGGAAGGACUCUGGCUACGGCGGGAAGGACACCAGCUACGGCGGGAAGGACUUUGGCUAUGGCGGGAAGGAUACCAGCUACGGCGGCUACGGCGGAAAGGAUGCUGGCUACGGCGGGAAGGGCGGGGGCUACGGCGGCAAGGCCGGCGGCUACGGGGCGGCCCCCCCAGCGUACGGGGGCGCGUACGGCGCGGCGGUCAGCACGGCCGCCAAGGGCGGCUACGGCGCGAAGCAGAGGCCGAGCUACGGCUCGCCGGCCGCCGCGGCCGCGCCGUCCGCGAGGGCGCCCGCAGCGGGCUCGGCGGGCGCCUGCCACUGGAUCACCGUGGACGCGUCGUCCUCGUUGGUGGCCGCGGGUUUCCCGCAGGAGGCGCCGGCGAUAGAGUUCGACAAGAACGUGAGCGCGUUCGGCUCCUCCACAUGGAUCCUAGGACGGCCGCCGAGACCGCCCGCCGCCGCGGCGGCCGCGCAGCCGCGGCGAUGCGCCCCGCCCGCGCGCGCGGCCGCCGCCGCGGCCGCCGCGGGCGGCCCCGAGCCGCCGCCGUUCGCGAGGAAGCCGCCGCCGCGCCCCGCGGCGUCGCCCGUCCGCGAGGAGGCGGCGGCGAGGCACGUGGAGUGGAGGCUGCCGACGCCCCCGCCGCCGCCGCCGCCCGGGCCGGAGCUGGAGCUCCCUGCGGCGCGGCUGCCCCGGCGGGCCCUGAGCCAGUCUGGGGUAGACCUCGUGGACCGCAUCGAGCAGUGCUCUGGCGGGAGGCGCCCCGAGCGCGCCUCGUCCGAGAGGCCCCGGCAGCUGUCGCCCCUGCGCCGGGACACGGCCAGCAGCUUCGCCUCGCGCGGCUCCUGGGCGCCCGACGCCGGGCCGCCGUUGGUGCGCGGCUGUCUGCCCGCCUUCCAGCGCCCGCAGGCGUACACGGCCGCACUGCGGGCGGCGCCCGUGCUGCAGCGGCCGCCGCCGCUACGAGAGCGGCAGCCGGCAGCGCGGGCCCAGCUGAACCCGCUCGACGCCGCGGUGCGCCGCCAGUUCUUGGGUGAGGGGCUGAGCCUCAACCAGGCCGUCGCGUCACGCCGCGACGCCGGCUGGGCUGUGAAGCAGCGCCACCUGCAGAAGAGCGACGUCGGCCACUGCUGCCACUCCUGCCGGCAGCCGCUGCGGGACCUCAACGAGGAGGUCACCGUGUGGACGGGCGCCGCCAUCUACCGCCGCUUCCACCCCGCGUGCGCGGCCAGCUUCAUCCUGAAGACCGGGGGCUGCGAGGAGGCCCCCGCCGCCUCCGGGAGCUCCGACGACCCGCGCGCGGACGUCGUCGAAGGGUACGCUGACGGCUGGCGGGCGCCCCGCGAGAGGAAUAUCCAGGCCGCCAGGCAGUGGCUGCUGUCGCAGGACCCUGGCGCAUACCCGGCUCUCCGCGGCGACCUGUUCACCACCGUCACCGUCACGGACGAGCACGGGGUGAAGAAGGCCGUGCCGGGCCUCAGCGCGGACCAGGUGCGACUGUUGCGGACGAGGCACGCCUGGACCGAGCCCGAGCAGCAGCCAGGCGACGAGGCGGACGGCCCGCUGGAGUGCGCCGUGUGCUUCGGGCCGCCAGAGCCCGGCGGCCCGCCGUGCAUCCAGCUGCCCUGCGCGCCCCAGCCACGUCUUCCACGUGGAUUGCGUGAUGCCCUGGCUGCGGAAGGCGUCGCUGUGCCCGACGUGCAGAACGGACAUCAGGCCCUUGCUGACUUCGACCAGGGCCGCGGCGAGCUAGCCGGCAGAGAACCGCCCCAUUAUUCUGUUCUGUCCUCUACCUGUCCUCUCUCCCUCUUCCCAUCCUCCCCCACCUCUCGCCAGGGGAGGUGGCGUCCCUGUCCCUGCUCUUCUUCCCGGCUCCUCGCGCGCAACUGCCGUGUGCUGAUGUGACUGGCGGGCUCCUUCAGCCCGCAUGUUGGAUACGGCCGGCCGCAUGUCACUUGCCCGAGCCGUCUUCGAAAGAGGCUCGCCCCUGCUUCGGGCC